CAGAGGCUGCACACGCAACAUGGAGGGAGGGACCGGAGCCGCCUUCUCCAGUGUGUGCGCUGCCGCGCUGGCCGCGGGGACCCUCGGCACUGGGACCGGCCUGGAUGGACCUCACAGAAUGAUGAAGUCCUCUGUCCAUCCAGAAGAAGAUGACUUUGUGCCAGAGCUGCAGAGGAGCAUCCACCCCCGGGAGAGGCCGGACUGGGAGGAGACGCUCAGCGCGAUGGCCAGAGGAGCUGACAUCCCUGAGAUCCCGGGAGAGCUGCCGCUGCGCUCCUGCGGCAGCACCGCCAGCAUGAAGGUGAAGAAUGUCAAAAAAUACAUCCCCCCGGGACUGAUGGGCUGUGAUGCCUUUCACAGGUUAUCCUUCACCAAGGGGCACUUCCCGAAGAUGGCUGAGUGUGCACAUUUCCACUACGAAAACGUGGAUUUUGGCAACAUACAGCUCUCGCUCCCGGAGGAACAGAACGAAGUGACGAGGAAUGGCUGUGACUCCAAGGAACUGGUCUACCUGGUGCAGAUCUGCUGUCAGGGGAGGAGCUGGAUUGUGAAGAGGAGUUAUGAGGAUUUCAGGGUGCUGGACAAACACCUCCACCUGUGCAUCUACGACCGGCGCUUCUCCCAGCUGGCAGAGCUGCCCCGCUCCGAUGCCCUGAGGGACAGCCCUGAGCUGGUCACCCAGAUGCUCAUGGCUUACUUGGCCCGGCUCUCAGCCAUCGCAGGCAACAAGAUCAACUGUGGGCCUGCCCUCACAUGGAUGGAGAUUGAUAACAAGGGGAACCACCUGCUAGUCCACGAGGAAUCGUCCAUUAACGUUCCUGCUAUUGCUGCUGCCCAUGUUAUUAAGAGAUAUAUUGCUCAAGCAGCAGAUGAACUGUCCUUUGAGGUGGGAGACAUCGUGUCUGUCAUUGAUAUGCCACCAAAGGAGCUGACCUCGUGGUGGAGAGGAAAACAUGGAUUUCAGGUUGGAUUUUUCCCCAGUGAGUGUGUUGAACUCAUUAACGACAAAGUUCCUCAGUCCGUGACCAACUCGGUGCCCAAACCAGUGUCCAAAAAGCACGGGAAGCUCAUCACCUUCCUCCGGACAUUCAUGAAGUCGCGCCCAACGAAACAGAAACUGAAACAGAGGGGGAUCCUCAAGGAAAGGGUGUUUGGCUGUGACCUGGGAGAGCACCUGCUCAACUCUGGCCACGAUGUCCCCCAGGUGCUCAAGAGCUGCACGGAGUUCAUCGAGAAGCACGGCAUCGUGGAUGGGAUCUACCGCCUGUCCGGGAUCGCCUCCAACAUCCAGAAACUCCGCCACGAGUUUGACUCGGAGCAGAUUCCCGACCUGACCAAGGACAUUUACAUCCAGGACAUCCACUGUGUGGGCUCCCUGUGCAAGCUGUACUUCCGAGAGCUCCCCAACCCCCUGCUCACCUACCAGCUCUACGAGAAGUUCUCAGAUGCUGUGUCUGCUGCUACGGAUGAGGAGAGGCUGGUGAAGAUCCACGAUGUGAUCCAGCAGCUGCCCCCUCCCCACUACAGGACACUGGAGUUCCUAAUGAGGCACUUGGCUCGUCUGGCUGAUUACUGCUCCAUCACAAACAUGCACACCAAGAACCUGGCCAUUGUCUGGGCUCCCAACCUCCUCAGGUCCAAGCAGAUCGAGUCAGCCUGUUUCAGUGGCACCGCUGCCUUCAUGGAGGUGCGGAUCCAGUCGGUGGUGGUGGAGUUCAUCCUGAACCACGUGGAUGUUCUGUUCAGCUCCAAGCUCAGCUCGGUCAUCCGGGACGGGGCAGGGCACAGCUCUUUGUCCCGGCCCAAGUCUCUGCUGGUGUCCUCUCCCUCCACAAAGCUGCUCACGCUGGAGGAGGCACAGGCUCGGACACAGGCCCAGAUCAACUCUCCCAUCGUGGCAGACAGCAAGUACAUAGAAGUGGGAGAGGGCCCAGCAGCUUUGCAGGGCAAAUUCCACACAGUCAUAGACUUCCCAUCCGAAAGAAAAAGGCCUCCCAGCAAGAUGAAGAAGUCUCCAGUGGGCAGCUGGAGAUCCUUCUUCAACCUGGGCAAAUCCUCCUCUGUGUCCAAGCGCAAACUGCAGCGCAACCCCAGCGAGCCCUCGGAGAUGAAAGCCAUAGCCCUGGCAGGUGGACGAGGAGACAGCGGGACCCUGCGCUCAGCUAAAAGUGAGGAGUCUCUCACCUCUCUGCACGCCGUGGAUGGUGAAUCCAAACUGUUCCGGCCCCGAAGGCCCAGGUCCAGCAGCGAUGCCCUCUCUGCUUCCUUCAAUGGGGAGCUCCUGGGGAACAUGAACCGCUGCAACUCCUAUGACAACCUUCCCCAUGAUGACAGCGACGGGGACGAGGGGCUCAUCCACGUCCCUGCCCUCAUCUCCCCUCGCUCCUCCGAGGACGUCGACCUGAGCCCCCCGGACAUUGGAGUCGCCAGCCUGGACUUUGACCCCAUGUCCUUCCAGUGCAGCCCCCCCCAGGCAGAGUCCGAGUGCCUGGACAGCAGCACCUCCCUGCUGGAGUCAGUUGAUAUCAAUAGGGACAAGCCAAGCCUGCUAAAGAAGGAUUUAGAGUCGGGCAGCCAGUCCCAGACCCCAGGCAGUGCCACGAGCUCUGAGCCAGUCUCCCCUUUCCAGGAGAAGAUGAGUCCCUUCUUUACACUGGACCUGAGCCCCACAGAGGAGCAGCCCUGCAAACCCCUCACCUUCUCACCCAAGACAGGCCGAAAACCCAUCAAAUCUCCACCACUGACUGCAGAGCCCACCUGCUUUGCCCUGCCCAGCCGUGGGCCAGAAGCCAUUGGAGCAGUGCCCAUCACAUCCAGGAACUCCUCUGCUUCCAGCUGGAACAAAGGCAUUGGCAUCACUGAGAUCACAAACAGGUCCCCAACCCAGAUGUCCUUGCCCCUGAAAAGCAGUGAAACAGGAGCAGGGGAAGGAGCCCACCAAGAGCUGCAGCAUUCCCAGCUAGUGGCUACUGGCAAGCCAGAGCUGCCAGAAGAAGGAGAGAGACCCAUGCCAAGCAGUCAGACUAAGACUGUACCCACUGGACACACACAGCCAGGAGCAGUUGCCCUCGACUCCCCCCAGGAUCCUGUUCCCGUCAGUUCUGUGUCUCUUAUCCCUCCUCCUCCUCCGAAAAACGCAGCGCGCAUGCUGGCCCUAGCGUUAGCCGAGUCCGCACAGCAAGCAUCCGCCCAGUCCCUCAAAAGGCCAGGAGAUGCUCAUGCUGAAAGCACAAAUUAUGGAGAGGCUGAAGCUGGCACAGCUCUAGAAAAGCUCCAUCUCUCUGCUGGUGCUCCAGACAAGCUCCACCUGUACACCGGUCUGCCCGAGAACCGACUCCACUUCCAGACCGGUGCUCCCGUAGAGCAGGAAUUCCAAGGUAGCGGCACAGCCGGGGAGCAGAACCACCCACCUGGUGCACCUGGAGGCCAGGACCCCCUGCCUCUCCACACGGGCAUGCCUGGGGACAUGCCUGGGAGCAGAGAUGCAGAGCAGGAGCAGGCCAGCUUCCAUCCUGGCAAGGCGGGGGACAGUGAACACUUCCCCGCGCACACAGGGGACUGGGAGCACACGGCCCACCACGCCCCAGAGCGGGAACCGCCCGCCCCAGAGCCGGCUGUGGACAGACCCCAGCUCCGGGCAUGCCUAUCUGGGGACAAGCUCCACACUCCCAUCUGCACGACCGAGGACAAACUGCCAUCUCCUCCCGUGGUCCCUGCCGGGGACAAAGGCGCCCCGGUGCCGUAUUUAACCACCAUCCCCAGCGCAGCCGCCGAGCCCUCGCAGGGGGAUGGCACCGUCCCAGCCGUGCCACGCACAGCCACAGCCACCCAACCCACCCCGGCACAGAGGCAGGACCACCAGGCAGCGACGGGACAAGUGCCAGCAGCCUCCAGCAAAGCUCCGAGCAGCUCUGCUCAGGUGUGGAACAUCACUGCCCCUGAGAAGCCCCCAGAGCCUGGCUUUGUCUCAGAGAGCAAUUCCACCGCCCGCGGCUCCUCCUCGGUGCCCGGGGGCCCCCAGAGCCACGUGGAGAAGCCCCGGGAGCCCACGAGGGCCCCCCCACUGCACCUGCGCUCCGAGUCUGUCCCGUCCCACCCCUCCUAUGGAUUCGCGCCCCCGGUGCCGCCCGUGAGGACGCUGGAGAGCAAGAUCGCGGCGGCCAUGCACUCCAACAGCGCCGACCCCCUCAGCAACACCAACUACCAUGCCUUUCUGGCCUCCUCCAUGCUGGCCUCCUCGGUGGAGGAGGCGCUGCUGCCGCCCCCGCCGCCGCCCCCGCCCAAGCACACCGUGUACGUGCCCCACCCCAAGCCCGAGAGCAUCCCCGAGCCCUCGGGGCCGGACCCGUACCUGCACCCCAAGCCGGCCUCCAUGCACCAGUACAGGCCCGAGAGCGUCCCCCCCCACGUGUACCAUGGCAAGCCCGAGCCCCACCAGGCCUACCCGCCCCGUUCGGACACCCCCGGCUCGGCGGGCACCCGCUACAACACCUACGGCACCCAGGGCAAGGCCGGCCCAGCCCUGCACUCCAAGCCCCGCAGCCGUACGGAGUUCGUGUCCUCGGUGAGCCCCACGGGGCUGCGGAGCGCCGGCUACGCCGAGGACGCUCCCCCCUACCCCACCAUCCGCAGGGUGCAGUCCCUGCACGUGCCCACCCCCGCCGCCGCCGCCGCCAUCCGCUCCGUGCCCAUCUCCCGCACCGAGGUGCCCCCGGACGACGAGCCCCUGUACUGCCCGCGGCCCCUCUACCAGUACAAGCCAUACCAGCCCCACUCCGACUACCACGUCACGCAGCUCCAGCCUUACUUCGAGAACGGGCGGGUCCACUACCGCUACAGCCCCUACUCCAGCUCCUCUUCCUACUACACCACUGCCGACGGCGGCUUCUACGACCUGGAUCCCUACAGCACCGUGCGGGUGCGGCCCUUCCACCCCCUGCCCGGCCGCGACUUCUCCUCGUACGCGGCGCGGCUGCAGAGCAAGGGGCUGUACCGCUACCCCAGCCUGGCCUCCUACCCCCGGGGGGGGCUCAUCAACCACCUGGCGGGGAAGGAGCACAGCUUCGUCAGCAGGGACGUGCCCCCCGCCCCAGACAUCAAGCACAUGUACAUGUCGUGGGACCUGGAGGACAUGGAGAAGUACCGCAUGCAGUCCAUCCGCAGGGAGAGCCGCUCACGCCAGAAGGUCAAGGGGCCCCUCAUGUCCCAGUACGACAAUGUGGCCCCGCUGCUGCAGGACGAGCUGGGGGGGCUGGACGCCAUCCACCUGCGCAGCAAAUCCGAUCCUGGGAAAACUGGCCUCCUCACGGUGGCGGAGGGCAAGGAGGGGAGGUACCCGGGCAAGGCGGCCACCCCCGAGGGGGACGAGCGGUACUACCUGCAGCACCCGGAGCCCGAGCUGGACAGAGCCCACUACCACGGGGGCUAUGGGAACGGGCAGCCCGAGAAGCCGUCCCUGCCCCAGAAGCAGAGCAGCAUCCGGAACAGGAAGAUGCACGAGCAGGGCGGCAGCACCAGCGAGCACAGGACGCACUUGCAGCAGGAAGCGAGCCAUAGGCAGCCUGCCGAGCCCAAAAAUGGGCCUCCCUACCCCGACUACAGGCCCAAAGGGGGCCCAGAGCCCUCCGAGCCCGUGGGCUACCAGCACUCGGGCAGCAAGUACAUCCCGGCCAGCCAGGACACCCUGAGGCUGAACCACAAGGAGGGGAGGCUGGCAGAGGACAGGCCAGACGUGGAGAGGUCCCGAGCCAGACCUCCUGCCCCCGUGGAGAAGCACUCCAGAGACUGCUACAAGGAGGAGGAACACACUGCCCCUCCCGUGGCCCCGCCGCCCAAACCCGAGCGGAGCCACAGCCUGCGGAUGCAGCACCCCGAGCCCAUGGAGAGGGACUCUGCCCUGCUGUACCCCUACCAGACCCUGGGCAAGCGCCAAAGCACUAUGACUGUGGUGUCCCAGUACGACAACCUGGAGGAUUACCAUACCAUGCCUCAGCACCAAAGAGGGGGCUAUGCUGGAGCGGGGGGGUUCGUGCCCCCCGGGUUCACCCACGUGCACAGCAGGACUUACGCCACGGCGCUGGGGCAGGGCGCCUUCCUGCCCUCCGAGCUGUGCCUGCAGAGGCCCGAGACAGAGGUCCACGUCGAGUGAGCUGGUGGGGGGGAGGAGGGAUAGAGUCUAAGCAGCCUCUGCUGGACAGUGGACUGUUUUAUUUUUUCAGUGAUGGAAAAAACAAACCAAACCCCGACCCUGCCCCGAUGAGAAAGCAAAGCCCCUUCAGCCCCCACCCCCCACUCACUGUUUUUAUGUAGUAGAGCUCUAGCUUUUUCAUGUAGUUUUGAGACAACUGGAAGGACAGGGCAGGCUGUUGGCACACAGAUGUUGCCAGAGAGGCCGGGCAGAGCUGAGAGAGGUGCUGUUGGCAGGGAGGGAAGGAGUUUGUCCUUCCCCAGGCGUGAUGUUGGCAGUGGCCGCCGCUCCUUCCCCGCACAAUGGACUGUGCGUGCAGCUCUUCUCCAGGCUGAGUGCCCUUCCUGCUGCUGGCUCCCAGGAAAGGGGCUCCACGACACUGUUCUGCCCCCUCUGAGUUACACAGCAAGAGUAGGCCAACAGCUGGGCAGGGGGAAAGACUGCCCAAGGGUUUUCUCCUUGGUUGAUGCUGAGGUCCUGCCUCUCCCUCGUGUGCAGUGGACCCACUGCAGUUGCUUUGAAGUGGGUGGGAGCCUGUUUUGACUUCAAGGCUGUGGAAUAGGCUCUGAAGCAAGUUCAGAACACAGCACACUUGUUGCAUUGCUUGCUUAAGGAGCUGCUUCUGCCUGCAAGAAAUCCAAUUACUUUACAUUUCUGUGUUGGAAGCAGAGGCCAGCGACGGGAGCCAAGUAGGGCAGGUUUGCAUUUCUCACACCAAAAGAAAGGAAACAUGAAACUACACCAAACCCUACACAGGCAGCUGGGAACAGCACAACCAUCCCAUGCCAGUUCCUCCUUGCUGCUGGGCUCUCUGUGUCCAGAUGAGCUCAUUUCAUCUUGUGGCUGGCCAGGCCCAGUAAAAAUAAAUACAGAAAUCUCCAUGGCAUUAUGUCCAGCCUGUAAAUCAGAGUCACUCCCAGCUGUGGGAGUGACGAGUUAUCUGCAUGAGCAGCUGCCCUGGGCCAGAUCCUGCAGCUCUUUCAGCAGGGAAUGCUCCUGCUGACCUUCCCCUGAAGGUCUGUGGGCUCUGUGACCUCUCAGUUCCGUGUUGGCAAAGGGAUCCCUGUGGAAUUGUGGCACACACAGAGCAGUGACGUGCUGUCUGUGCUGUGUGUUGCCUCCCAUCCCCCAGUGCAGCUCCUCCCAGUGCUCAGUGAGAAGGGACAGAAGGCCAGUGCACUGCAGAACACACUAAUAACAGUGUCCAAGCUGUUUAAAAGCUUUCACACUGUAAAAGCAGCCGGGCAGCACCUCAUGCUUCCUCUCAGACUUCCCAGGACUCCCAGGACUUUUCCCCCCCCAUAAAUUAAGCACAUCCAUCCCAUUUAGGCAGGGCUUACAAGCAAUACUUGAGAUUUACAAGUUUUUAAAUGUUCACUGAUAAAUUCCAAGGCCAUUCCUGUUCUGUGUGGUUGAAGAACUUCUCUACCUGUUUUGAAUCUAAUGUUUUAUUAAAAGCCUGGAGGUCCUGCAGUUAGCACACAGCUGCUAAAGGGAGCUUAGGUGGUGUUUUUGAACAAAAAAGUUUCAUGGCUAUUUUGGGACUUUUAAAUCCUAAGGAAAACCUGCUUCUAGUAGCUGACUAGUCUGUAACUGUUUGCUUCUUUUAACCUUGGAGCCUUGUCUGGGGCUGUUUCGGUAACUACCUUCAGGUUCUGUUUUAUUGUGCAAUGCUGAUGUUUUAAGCAUUUUGUUUAGAAGAGUUCUCACAUGUUAUGAAAUGAAAUUUGGCAGUAACAAAAAAAAAGAAAGAAAAAAAGAAAGCGGAAAAAAGGAGAAAAAAAGCAGCACUGUGAUCCAGGGUACCACAAUCUCCUUGUGAGGAAUUCCCAGGUAGAGGGGUUGGGGUUUUUGGUGAGGGAAUGCUUUUUGCAAUGUUUUCUUUCAAGGAAAACUAACAGAAGUACACAGAAGGGGCCGUUAGGUGAGCCAUGGCCUGAGCCAGCCUGACUCCAUUGCUGGGAACUCCCUGGGAAAGGCUGCCCUGCCUGGGUUCCUUGGGAUGAGCCAGAUGAGUCCGUGCUCUCAGCAGGGUGUGUGGUAGCUCAGUCUCUCCUCAACUGCCAGUGACCUGUGAGGUCUCCAGCUGAAGUGUUUGGUUCAGGCUCUUUGGGAUUCAGGGAAUGAGAGCUGUAGGUUGAACCUCUCUCUCCAUGAAAGCCUUAACUCCCCCUCCUGCCCCUCAGCACUCUCCUGAUGCCCUGAUUUUGGCCUUAUGUUCACCAGGACUAUCCUGUAACUCUGGGGGCCUGAUGCCAGCUCCCACUAAGGGUAAAUGCCUCUGGAUUCUCCUGCUUGAAGCCACUGUCUCAGAGACCAAGUGCCGUCCUCGGACAGCUGCUGUCCCCAGCUCUGUGCUGUCCCCAGCUCUGUGCUGUCCCAGCCCUGUGCUCCCCCAGCUCUGUGCUGUUCCCAGCCCUGUGCUCCCCUGCCCUGUGCUGUCCCAGCCCUGCCGGGGCUCUCCCACAUUGUGGGAAGUGCCAGGGGCGAAGCACCCACUCGUCCCAUGGGAAACAAAGCUUUCAGCACCUUUCCAAAAGGGCUUCUGGAAGUGCACACCUGACGUGGAUGGCUGCUGCAAACAGCCUUCUUGGGAACAAGAAGGUCUCCAGGAAAAAAAGCCAGCAGAGAAGUGAGCACCCAGCUGUCCUCCCCUCCCUCUGGGCUGUGCUCUGAGGGCUGGAAGCUCUCUGAGAACCCCAACGUGUGUCCACCAGUGCUGAACCAAUCCAGCUAAUUCAACAGAAUUAAAAAAGGUGAAGGCACCAGCUUUUCCCAGAUAACACAGACCAGCACCUUCCUUUUCGUGUUGCUGCUGCCCAUGGCUUCAACAUCCCGCAUGACCCCACAGCCCCCAAAGCCAUAGAGGGAACUCUUCAGUUCUGCUCCUGCACUGGGCUUGGCCUGGUGGUCCUUAGAGAUCUGAGUUUUACAUCCUUAUGAUUGGUUCAUGAUAAAACAUCAGCUGUAUCUUUCCAAAGAUCAGAGGGGAGAUUGAAAAGGGUGUGUUGUGCAUCAGAGCGAGGAGGGGGUGACACUGGGUGUCUGAGGGGGGUGAGCUGGGGGGAGGUGACAUUUCAGUGUCCCAGAUGAGGAUGGGAGAGAGCAAGGGGACAGCAAUGCAAAUAACCCUGGAAUCCAAGAGCAGGUCUGCUCAGGCUCAGUGAUUCCUGGCCUGAGCACACCUUCAGUGAGGCGAUGGCAGCUCUGACCCUCUGAUUCCUGACAUUUGCCAUAGACUGCAUCUGGAAUUGCCCCUUCCCAAGUGUCCAGCCCAGGUCCUCCCCAGUGCACACAGGAGUUUGGGGCCAACAGAGCCCCCAACUCUGGAUUUUCCUCCUCAAACCUCUGCUUUGGAGUGGGUUAGGGUUAGGGGGCCUUCCUUGGGAAGGGGGAGUGCAGACACUGGGUGAGUAAUGAGGGCCCAGCCCCUGUGAAGUCUUAAAUAAAGCAUUAAUUUCUGAUUUUUAAGAAGUCUUAUCAGGUAAAACCUUUAUGCAUCUAUGAGAACAGCCCCACAACCUCGUGCCUAUGUCUUUGGCAGUGAUCCUCCUUUUCCACUCGUCGUGGGAGGAGGGUCAGUAAGGAUUGCACAGUGGUAGUAAGUUGCUACACAAAACCAAAACCAACUUGAAAACAUCCUGUUCCUCUUUCACCCCAGAAAGGGACAGAACCUCAAGUGUGCUCUGCCACUGCCCAGGGCAUGGACUGAAGUGAUGUUACAUGUCAGGAAACCUGGAUGAGAAGUCAUUUCCCUUCCUUUCGCUCUUGGCAGCUUGGGCAUGCACCUCUUCCGAGAGCUUUUCCCAGAUUCCCGUGUGAAAGGCAUGGUCUGGUGUGAGCAAUGUCCAGUUCCUGGUGUGCAGAGUGCUGCCUCGUCCAGUUGGGGGGAGGGAGGGGGGGAGAAAAGGGUUGUUUUGCCGUUUCAUUUUCCUGCUGUAGAAGACUUGAUUUUUCUUUCCCUAAGCCGCAUGAGAGAAACAUCCCAGAAAGUCUUGGGUUACCUUUGGAGUUCCCUUCACUUUAAUUUAUAUAGUGUCUUUUUUUGUGAACUGGUGUAAAAUGUAUAUGCUGACAAGCUCAUGUAUUUUUAUGUAAAUAUUUUUUGUGGUUUUCCCCACUUGCCCUUCUCUGUAAAUAUUUAGAAUUCUCAUAUUCUUCUCACCUUGUAUGAUGCAGAUGUGGUUUUGUUUCUGUUUUUUAUUUGUACUGUAAUGCAACAAUCCAGACUGAGGUGUCUUGUGGUAUUAAACAAAAGCAACAGUCCCACUGAGCUCACACUCAGAUCUCAGAUGUGCAACUUGACAGCAUUAAUCAAGCCAGGUUAAAAACUA